AUGGGUGAGGCCCCGCUGCAUAAGAGGACGACUCUCCUGCUGCUCUGCUUGGAGGUGUUUCUGUUCCUUUCUGCAUGGCCCCAGAUUGGACAGGCUCAAUAUCACAGCCCCCCAGAAGUGGUGAUACCUUUGAGAUUAACUGGCACUGAUAGAGGUAGAAAGACUUCAGGCUGGCUCACCUAUAGCCUGCAUUUUGGGGACCAGAGACACAUUGUCCACAUGCAGGUCAAUAAGUUUUUGGUAUCCAGACACUUCUGGUCUGUGUUCACCUACACAGACCAGGGUAUUCUCCUUGAGGACCAGCCUUUUGUCCAGAAUGACAACUACUAUCAUGAUUAUGUGAAAGGGGACCCAGAAUCCCUGGUUGCUCUUAUCACCUGUUUGGGGGGCUUUCAAGGAAUGAUACAGAUAAAUGACACUACUUAUGAAAUCAAACUCAAAAAGUUCUCUACCACAUAUGAACAUCUGAUAUAUAGGACAUGCUUGCGUGAUAUACCAAGUACAGAAAGUAUCUUCACAAAGCAGCGCUGUGGGAAUGGUGUAGUUGAAGGAGAAGAGCAGUGUGACUGUGGAUCCCUACCAUCGUGUACAAAAGAUCCAUGUUGCUUAGCAAACUGCACUUUCAAAUCUGGGGCUACUUGUGCUUUUGGGCUUUGUUGCAAAAACUGCAAGUUCAUGCCAUCAGGCAGCGUCGUUCGAUAUGCAAAAUGUCCAGCCCCAGAUGUCCUGUGCGGAAGAGUUCUGUGUGAGAGCAUAGGAGAAAUUCCCCUUUUGAAAGAUCAUACUACUGUGCGCUGGACCCACGUCAAUGGUGUCAACUGCUGGAGUACUGACUAUCGUAUUGGGAUGACCAUACCUGAUAUUGGUGAAGUGAAAGAUGGCACAGAGUGUGGUUCAGAACAUAUCUGCAUGCACAGGAAGUGUGUCCAUAUGUCACAUUUGAACAACACUUGUUCAUCUGAGACCUGUAAUUUGAGAGGGGUCUGCAACAAUAAGCAUCACUGCCAUUGUGACUAUGAGUGGGACCCCCCCAAGUGCAUGUCCAAAGGCUACGGGGGUAGUAUUGACAGUGGCCCAUCCCCACGGAGAAAAAAAGAGGAGAUGAUCAGGAAGAGUUCCCCACUGCUAUUUUUAUGGAUUCCUGUUUUGCUUUUUAUUUUUCUGUGUGUGUAUUUGAUUGUGGAUAAUGUGCAGAAAAAGAAAAGACGAUCAAACUUCACCUGA